UUUCACGGUCUCUCCGCUUUGCCGGGGUCCAAGGUCCAAUCUUUCCCGUUUGACCUGACCGCCCUUGACUCCUCCUGCACCCGGAUUUGUGGGGAGUUUUAAGACUCCUAAUAGCUGGAUAAAAGAAGGACAGGAGACAAAAGGAUAAAUGAGAAAUGAAACACAAGAGAGACGACAAAGCCAGGGGAACCGUCCGAGGAGAAGAUCAAUACAUUCCUGGAGGAGAACAAGCGGAUAUUCGAGACAAUGUAAGGAGUCAGUACCGCAGCAACGCACAAAAUAUACCUCAGAGACGACAAACCCAUUAAACAGAGGUACUAUCCGCGAAACCCAAAACAACAGGCUAUAAUUAACGAACAAGUAGUCGAAUUACUCAGCCUGGGUCUGAUCCAUACAGUGCAUCAGUGGUGCUGGUAAGGAAAAAGAAUAACGAAUGGAGAAUGUGCAUCGACUACAGGCUAUUAAACGACCGGACAGAGAAGGAUGCAUACCCGGUACCACGCAUGAACUUCCUCCUCGACCAGCUAAGGGAAGCCAAAUUUAUAAGCACCAUCGACUAAAAAUUGGGCUACUGGCUAGUCCUAGUGGAGAAGAAGAGUAGACAAUAUACGGCGUUUACGGUACCAGGGCGAGGACUGUUUCAAUGGACGGUGAUGCCAUUCGGACUGACGCAUUGGAUGAAAAACAUUUAAAAAAUGAUUUGAAAUGGUGGGCGUCACAGUUCUGGGCGUCCUCUUUGAUCAGCUUGAACUAAAAUUCUUGCUACUUUUUUUAUAUGCUAUUAUUAAUAUGCUAUUUAUGAACUUUUUCGCAUUCUUUGAACGCUGCUGGUGAAAGAGUACUGAGGAACACAAAGGAAAAUUUCGUUAAAAUAAUUGUGCCUACCAGUGUAAGUUAACAACUAAUGGAGCGCUCAAUAUAUUUGAGUCAGCAGCAAUAUAGUUUACAUUCAUAAUGCCCUAGCAACUAAGUACCUUCAUACAAACAAUGCUAAUACGUCCCAACUGAGUUCAGCGCUCCGCGCUAAGAACGGUCAGCAGCGGCAAUCGGACACCCAGUAACCGGGGUACCGAAUUGCGCUGCAUAAAUGCUGAGUCUGCUUGCCGACCAUGGGUUUAUGGCGUGAUGUAUUGGAGCUAGGGUAAAUUUAUAUUUUCUCGAUUCUUUGUAUUCAGUUUUAAGCUAGCACUUUAACAAUAAAGGACAGCUACUCCGGCACUUAGUCGUAAAGUACCAUUUGUUUAUAUUGAACAUUCUCGCUAAGCCAAAAGGCCAGCGUUCGACCAAGGGGGCAAGGUCACGCCCUCCAUCAUAAUCAACGUAAGAAGUCAUCAUUCUCUGGCCUAGCAGCCGGACACACCGAGGACUCAGGAAAAAUCAAAUUUUUGAUGACAACGGAUCGCUGCAUUCGACAGGUAAAAGUUCAAAAGGGUUGAAUCCAAAAAUUUUCAAAAUGCAAGGUAGAAUAAAUGUAUAAUAUUCUUUGCACGUGCAGGCAUACCUGUUUUACCGAAGUACUAAUUUUCACAUAUUUUUCAACUUUGAUGGAAAAAAGAAAGCGAUCUUACACCGACUUAUGGGUUUGGCGUAUGAGGUGUUGUUCUUGAAUAUGUUCUUUAUCAUAUUCAAAAGAGAUCGGGUCCCCCGACGUCCCACCCCAAAUUUCCAAGGCAAAAGAUACUUUCAACUCAGCGUAAAAAACGCGCGGCUUAGAGCAAAUUGUGCUGUGGCGGGCAUACAUUUUUUCCUGGAGCUGGACGACAAAACUAUUUCGGACGGAAAUAUGUUCAUGGCGUCCGUGAUCCACCUUAGACUCAGAAGUGACGGUUCUGACUAUUGGAAAAAUCCACGGCCUUCUUCGGUGCAUUACUUUUUCAAGUAUGCAAAACAAACCCGAACAUUGAUUAAGGAUACUGUGACUGACAUUGAGGGCCAAAUUUCUGAAAUAAGCCCCAUGGAAUAUAGGACUAGGAAAUGAAGGCCCAUCAAGGAACAAUAUGAAUUUGCCCUUACAAUUGUUGAUGGAAAAGUUCUCAAAGUACUGACGGACACUAAGUCAACAUGGAAGUGUGCCAUCUGCCAUAAAAAGAAAAAUGAUUUCAAAAGCGUGGACGACUUGAUCAAGGAUGAUCAUAACUUGCAGCACGGUAUUUCGCCCUUGCAUUGCAGGCUAAGGACUUUGGAGUUCAUUUUAAAACUGGCUUACUAACUUCCAAGAAGUAAUGAACAUUUUAAUGAGAGGGCAUCAUAUCAAAGGAAAAAGAAGCGAUCAGGAAGCAAAAAGAUACAGGACGAAAUUAAAGAACAGCGAGGACUAAAGGUAGACGCCCAAAACUUUACGGGAAUACCAACGAUGGGAAUACCUCUAGAGCAUUUUAUCACCAUCACAAGGAAGUUGCUGAAAUUACUGAAAGAAAGCGUGAAUGCUGAAGAAUUCGGAAAAUAUGCUGAGGGGACAUCACACCUGCUGGAGGCUACCUAUCCCGAUAAGAAGAUGACGCCCACGGUUCACAAAAUGCUUGGCCACGGAAAGGAUCUAAUCGAGUACCAAAGUUUGCCAAUUGGUGAAUUAUCCGAGGAAGCCCAAGAAGCCAAGAACAAGGAAUACAAGAAAUUCAGGUACUCCAACCCAUUAAAAUUUCAAGGACGAAACCAAGUGCGGAUCUAUUUUGUAUGUUGGCGGCAUCUUCUAAUCCUUUUCUGGCUUCGUUAAGAGGCACUAGAUAUAAUACUAAAUAUGUAAUAUAUGUAUAGUUAUGGUCCAGAUUGUUCUGUUUUAUUAAAUAUUGUAGAAUAAGAUGCAUUAUUUGUACAAAAAAAGGUAAAAAUAGAUAAAAAAAACUUUUUUUUAAUUUUUUUAUUUUGUGUUUUUUAAAUAUUAAAUAUGUACCAUAUUAGCAUUUUCAG